AUGGCAGAAAAAGCAGAGUCCACCCUAUCACGUCUUACCGUUCCUAUUCUUCUCCUGAUUGGAUGGAUUGUUGGCUGCAUCAUAGUGAUUUAUGUUGUCUUCUCUUAGAAAAGUGAGAAGACUUCAGAUUGACACCAUUUAGAAGAACUAAGAAAAACACAAACAUGAUCGAUUAUUAAAAGUGUCUCAUGUUAAAGAGAUGGAAUGUUUUAUAUCAUUUUGUACAGUUGGAUUAUAAGUUAGAGAUUU